UGGAAUAUCCCAAAGGUGGAGGAGAGAUGGCCACCCGUUGCCCGGGGAGCCAGAGUGGGGCGAUGGAGACGCUCGUGUCGAACUUCCGGUGGCCUAAUCGGACGGUCUGCAGCGGCCACACCUCCUCCAUUCCGGCCGGCGGCGAACGGACCACGCUUCGUCGCCGGAGGUCCGAGGUGCGGUUACUCGCCGGGAAUUUGGAGCUUCCUGGAGGGAGGGGGAUCAGGAGUGCGGCCGACUGCGAACGAAGCGUAAGGGGAUGGCGAAGCGGCGGGGGAGGUAGAAUUAGGGCGAGGGCGAGAGCGGAGAGUGCCGGAGAUGGGAUGGAGGCGUCUGCGUCGACGUCGACGGCGGAUCGGAGGUACCAAGAGGCGGACUUCCCUGUGUGGGAGAAGCUCGGCGCGGUCGUUCGCCUGAGCUACGGGAUGGGUAUAUAUGGUGCCAUGGCGCUUGCGGGCAAUUUUGUGUCCUCAAUGACGGGAGUUGAUUCGAUGGGUGGAUUCCAUUUCUCACUGGAGGCUCUGUUAGAUGGACUUGGAUAUGCGGUUCCUCCUAUAAUGGCCCUCCUCUUUAUACUAGAUGAUGAGGUUGUCAAGGUGUCACCUUAUGCUCGUGCAAUUAGAGAUGUUGAAGAUGAGGAACUAAGGAGCUUUUUCUAUGGGAUGUCUCCAUGGCAGUUCAUACUUAUUGUGGCUGCGAGUUCCGUUGGGGAGGAGUUGUUUUAUCGUGCUGCUGUGCAGGGGGGGUUGGCGCACAUGUUUCUGAGAGGCACAGAAUUGGUGAAGGACGCUCCUGGAAUUACAUCUCUGACUGGAAUGUUUCCUCCUUUUGUCCCAUUUGCGCAAGCUUUUGCUGCUGUAAUAACGGCAGCUCUUACAGGUUCCCUCUACUAUAUUGCUGCCUCUCCCAAAGACCCCACAUAUGUCAUCGCACCAACGUUACCAACUCGUUCCGGUCGUGAAGAUCUUAAAAAGCUCUUUGCAGCUUGGUACGAAAGGAGACAAUUGAAGAAGAUAUAUUCGCCCCUCCUAGAAGGUCUCUUGGCCCUCUACCUGGGUUUCGAAUGGAUCAAGACGGAUAAUAUUCUUGCGCCCAUGAUCACCCAUGGCAUAUACUCUGCCGUCAUCUUGGGCCAUGGCUUGUGGAAAAUUCAUGAUCACAGGCGUAGGUUUCGCCAGAGAAUCCAGCAAGUAAGGGAGGAGGGAAGAAGAACAAACAAAUUAUGAAGACGAACACAAUGUGGAAGGAAUAUUCACGGCCAUUAAUUUGUUUGUGCUGCAUUCUUGCUGGUUAGAGAGUAUUUGUACAGCAAUUCUGAAGUGCAGGGAAAUUCAUAAUCGGAUGCCUAGCCGUCUCUGCUUGUGGAUAUAUAAAAAUAAAAAAAUGUAAGAGUUGGUGUACUAUAGAUUAUAGAAUAUACAUUAGGUUUGUAUAUGGUAGAGUUGGUUGGAUAGUCGGCUGAUGUAUAGACUAGAUGGAUGAUAACUACACUACUGAGUCAAUUUUUAUUCAAAAAUCCAGAAAAUUUCAUGAAAA